GCUGAGCUGCACCACGUCCACGUCUGACCACGGACCCCCAACAGAGAGGAGCCCGGAGGAGCCCCCCUUUGGGUGAGAAACCAGGAAAGAAAGGGGGCCCACAGAAAAGACUACAAAAAGAGACCGGAUUCAGAGAAGCAAAAACCUAACCUUCAACAGUUCGCCAGCCUAAAAUUAAGCACAGAGUUCCCUACAGCAUGUCUGUGCUGUCCAGCAAUCGUUCAGCUUUAUCGCAAGAAACCCACAGUCCUGAAGCAAUUACUGUUUACACCGGGCCAGGGUCAAAGGUGCCAUCUCCACAUACAGAGUCAACAUCUAAAAGUUUCUGUUCCAAACCUGGAAUGGAAACCCAGCUUGUGCUGUCAGAGACCCCAGAAGAGGAUGAAGAAAACCCAGGGAAAAAUCCAUUUACUAUCCCUCCACAUAUCGAUAUUUUCUCAAUAAGGGACAAGGAAAGAAAAAAUGCUAAGGCGGAACGUGAAAGGAUGAAGACCAUGAAAAUCCAUGAGAAAAUGACUUACUCCACUAAAAUAAAAGCAAAGCAAAAAGGGUUCAGGAAAGCUCUGCAAAAGGAGGAAGAAGAGGAGAUCGGAAAACAGACAACAAAUGAAGAGAGACUGAAAACUCUUCAGGAGAGUCUUUCAUGGAAGAUAGCCAAAAAAGAUUACCCAGUAGAAAAGGAGACCUUCCGUGACUACGUAAAUGACAGAAGAGAAAUAUUUUUACUUGAGUAUGCCAUGGCAGUAAAGCGAGAUGAGAUUCAGAGGAUGGAGAACAUAGCAAAGAACGAGGAAAGAAAAUUGGAAAAAGCUGAAAGCUGCCUGGAGAAGGAUGCUGCCACGUUUGAUGAGUUCCUGAAGGAGAGCCAUAAAAACUGUGUUCAAGCCCUGAAAAUUGCUGAAAAAGAAACCGCAGCAAAAACAAAGAAAAUAACGGAAAUCCAGGCAAUCAAUUCCCAAAUAGAGAACCUCCAAAGCGAUAUAUCCAGAUUCAAGAAUACUCUGAAGGAGUACAAGAUGUACAGGGACUUCCUCUAUCAACUAUCUCCAAAAGAGUGGCAGGAAAAACACGGAAAAAAGAACACAAAGGAAAAUGAUUUGGAAACAGCAUCCAAAGCUAACAAAGAAAGUGCCUUGUCUCCCACCACGGCAGAGCAGGCUGAGUGCCAGGGAAGAGCUGCCCACUCCUCACCGGGACAGCCCCAUGCUCUAAGUGUACAACUCUUCUUGCCUCCGGGCCAGGGUCUGACAGCCAGGACAUACACUGCCAGUCCCUAUAGCACCAGUGAUAGAAAUGUGCCGAGUUCCCUGCUGUCUUCAAAAAAUUUGGACUUUGGGUCAUUACAUGAGAUCAAGCCACGGCUCAAAAACUUCCUGAAGCCUCUAUCAGCAAGAAGACUAAGCUCAUUGGAGGAUGCAGAAAGUGAAACCUGCUCAGACGAAGAUGAGGAGCCUGAGUUGUAUUUUACUGAUCCCCAACAACUGCUCUCUAUUUUCAUGGAGAUAGAGGAAGAAAACUUGUCCUUCAUCCAAAAUUCCCAGGAGAUCGAGGAAAGUUUGGACAAGGUCCAACACACUUUCAUCACCACACAUGAAAGCAUGGAGAAGAAGUUAGCAGAACUGAAGCAGCAGGUAGACACCCUCAAAUCCUCCAUUGCCAAGGAAGAAGACAGAGUAGCAGAUCUGAAGCUCAAAGUUCACCUCUUUUCCUCUGGAGAAUCCAAAGCUGAUGACCAGGAUAAAAUGCUCACAAGCCUGAACAAGAAGGUGCUGGAAGUCUAUUGUCACUGCACUGGAGAAAAUGAGGCAAACCUAGAGACAAUGCAGAUGCUAAUGGUGAUAGAAAAACAGCUCAUUGAUUUACUGGACAACUUGGAGAGAAUCCCACCAGCAAAGAUAGAACAGGCUGAGAAAGCCAAAAAAAAGGAACGGAGGAUAAGGCUCAGAGAGGAAAAGCUGAGACAACAGAAGCAGCAGCAGGAGGAAAGAUUGCAAAGGACCCUGGAAAGAUCACAGGCCCCUGUACAGAAAAAGAGUGGCAGGAGGCUGAUGUUUCGUUCUAAACUACCUGCCAGGAAGGAGAAGAAAAAUCACAGCCAAGAACAAAUGGAUAAGGAGAAGGAAGAACAAUUGUAUUAUUUCACUUGACAGCACAGCCUUAACCAUUGCAUGUAGGACUGAUACUGCUCUAGAAAAAGCUUUUCAUAUAUCUACAUUAUGUUACUUUGCUCAGGUGAUGAACUUCGCAGUACCAUGAAAUUCCUUCCUUCUCCUACCCUAAGAUUCCACAAAAAGUUGCUGUGUCAGUCAAUUCCUUU